GAAUUUCCGGUGCAGACGCAUGCGCUUCGGCUGUCGUGUGUCGAGAAGAUUGAUCUGCGUCACAACUCGCCAUCGCGCGUGGCAUCUGGCAGCAGUCUGGCGGCAUCUGGCCGCGAGUGAGAGCGACCCCAACCAAUGUGCGACCAUCCGCUAGAUCUAUCCAACGGCCGGGUCUGUACCACUGCCCGGGCAGCCAUUGAUGACCUGUGCGAAGACCUUCGCUCCACCACACAAGAUGUCGAGCUGGACUUGAAGCUGCUCAGAGAGUAUGCCCACACCGCGAUAGAGAUUCAACGCCACUGCGCCUCCUGCCGAUGGCGAGUGCAAAUGGACAUUAUCCAGCAGCUCUGCGAGGACGCCCUGCUUGCGCGAUUGCUCUCCAUCUUCUCGGAUCUCACCGACCGCGAGCGCCACCAGGCUGCGGGUGACCUGCUCAUGAUUAUCUGGCGGCUGAACGAUAACCUCGGCACCCAUCCCUUCAGUCAGAAGCUCAUCUCGGCCGCUGGGUCGUCUCGCAACCUCAUCUCGACGCUGGCGCGCGUCGUCGAAGAUGAAGUCGAGCCCCCGGUAGAGCAGCGCCAGCUGUCGUUUCAAGACUCGCUUGUGUUCCUUUGGCUGACAGAGGUGAUGCGGGAGGGCAGGCGGUGCGGCAACGCGACCGAUUUCCGGGACUACCUUGUGGAGCACCAUCCAUCGCUGCUGAGGAUCUUGCUGGCAUGGGCAGAGGCCCAUCUGGCCAGCGACGCAGCACUGGUGGCGCUACUCACUUCCCUCAGCGUCAUGUUCGAGACACGCAACACACAACGCAAUCGCCACAACCAAGACGGCCCGCCCUUCCCACCCAUUCGCAUGCCACCCUUUCUGUGGGCGGGGCUGUGGGAAGUGCUGAUCAAGAUAAUGAUCCGGCAGGAAACAUCAACACGCGGCGACAACGACGAAGUGUAAGGGGCCGGCAAUGGCAGACGCGGAGGCAGGGCAGCUGACACAUGAGAUGCCUGUUUGUUGUUUGUCUGCCUGAAUGAGUGCAGCCAUGCAACGACCAUUUCUCUGCUUAUCUGUACCAUCGUCGAGUGGCUGAAGGCCGCAGGUGGGAGGCAAGGGAGAGGGGGCACGUCUACCUACCUGUCUGUAUGAUGCUGUUGUCAUGACGUCAGGGUCCGAAGAUGACUGCAUUGAGUACAUUAAUGUCCUAGAAAAUCGGGUGUUUCCCGAGGUGGACAAAUUGGCGGGCAUCCUCACGUCGCCAGACGCUCCGCAGGAGCUGCGCCGCAGUGCUGCGCUCUGUGUCGAACGCAUAUUCCGUCGUUGUCAUGAUUUCAUGGGUCUCAUGAGUGGUGAGUGAGAUCACAAGAGUACGCAGCUAAAACACGUAUCUAUGGCAUUCCUCCCUCUGUCCGUUGGUCCAUCGGCAGAUUAUCGGCCCAGCGAGCCCGUCGAGCGCCUCAUGCGUUCCCCCGGGGCGCUAAAGGCGUUUGUUCAGCAUAUACGCGCGGCGGUGGACUAUCCAUUCGCACUCGCUCUCCCCGGCAUCGUCGCUCGUAAGCGUCGCGGGCGUCAUGUGAUGAGAAUGUCGUCAUGCGUGUCUUGGCUUGCAGGGUGUGGCUACAGAGAUGAAGUGUACGCUGCCGGGUGUAUCUCCCUGCUGGCGAGCGUCGCCGAGGGCAAGCACAGGGGCACCGAGGGCAAGCACAUGUUAGAGAAUACAGCCGGCUUCUGCGCAGUGGCAUGUCUGUACCUGGUCGGCGAGAAACCCGACGACAUGACUGAUGCGCUGGCUAAGGUGAGGAAGAGAAUGAGUGGCUCAACAGGCAGGCAGGCGGGCAGGCAGGCAGAGGCGGGCCGGUAUGCUGUGUAGACACACUCACUCUCCACCCCCACCCCCACCCCCCUGUGUUUGUGUCUGAGUGUGCGGCAGAUUGCCGUGCGUGAGGGUCUUCCGGCCGCUCUCUGUGAGAUAUGCAUCAUGUGCUUCGAGCACCUAUCGGAUGCGGAUAAGGUGAAACAAUUUGUCGACUUUACUCUCAACACACUCCGCGCGCUCGUCGCGUAAGUGGACUUCACCCAGCCUCACAUGUACCUGCCUGGAUGCAGUGCUCUUCUGGGUAUGUUUUGCUCUCCUCUGCAGUUAUGGUGAUCGAGUGAGCAGCAGGCGCGGCUCAUUCCGGCCCAACACCGUCACGCAGGCCAUCCUGCAGCACGAAUCAAUCAAGACGAUGCGCGCGGCUGGCCGGCAGCCGAAAGGACGACGGAAGGCACACCACCAGCAGCAGCCGACAGUGCCCAAGGAGGUGGGAAAUGAUGCACAUGGACGGUUCAAACAUGUCGUGGCGAUGCAUGUGUUGUGUGUCAGUUGUUGGAUUACUUUGACGAAAUAGAGAAUGCUGCGAACGAGCGGGCCGAUGCGCAGCUGAUGGCGGACCUUGGCAUUGACGACGGUCAUGAGGGGGCUAAGCAGCCGAUCAGCAGUACCAAGAGCGGCAAGAGUAAGGGCAAGCUCAAGGGCGCUACGGCAGCUAAGGAGGACACCAAACAGGCACCGUUGGCCAGGUCAGCACAGGCAGACUGAAGAAGAGGGCGUCCAAACAGAUGGUGACAUGUGUGUUUGUGUCUUUGUCGACAGCGUCUCUGCCACCGGCACAUUGGACGACCACAGCGAGCAGCAGGAGGACACGGAAGAGCAUCAUGACCUCCCCGGUCCCCUCAGCCCAUCGCCCUCCUCGCCUCCCCGACCAUCGUCGGCAGCUGGCGGCCCCUCUGUGUCCGAGGAUGCCGCCGAGUUGACUGGUCUCGACAUCAACAACGGCAAGAAAGCAAAAGCCAAGAGGCGCGGCAAAGUGGCCAAGAACGCUCAGGCCACUGUUGCCAAUGACGAGGCAGACGAAGGCAACUACCAGGCAGACGUCGGCGCUCCACCGCCCCGUCCUCCCCAACCGACGUCACACGUGUCGGCCGAUGCGGAUGGCGGCAGUGGGCUGCAGCAAGCCUCGAAUCAUGACGACGGCAUACAUGUCAGCUGCAGACAGAGAGGCAAGGCCAAUCUAGCGGCUCAAGGGGACCAUCGUGAGCUGCCCUUCUCGCUGCCCCCUCCCCCACCCUUCCCUGCCCCCACUGCACCCCCCCCACCACCACCACCGCCUCCAUCCACCGUCCCAUCAUCGUCCCCUGCCCGGCCACCUGCUGCUGCAGCUGCUGCUGCUGCGUCAUCAUCACCUGGCGGCGGUGCUUUUGAAGGGAAAGAGAUCAAGUGCUGUGUGUGCCUGGUGAAUGCGCCCGACAUCCUGCUGCUACCUUGCCGACACAAAGUGAGCACAGCGAAUGAGAGAGAGAGGUGCCGGCUGACAACUGAUUUGUACAUCGUGUAACUUAUGGCUGGUGGUGGGUGUUGGUGCAGGUUGUGUGUGGGGAGUGUUUUGAUAAGUGGAUGGCCCCCAUGCCACGAGAAGACCGAAUCUGCCCCGAACACACGUACGCAUUACUUAUAUAUAUGUAUAUAUACACAUAUACACAUACACAUCUAUGUACAUAUAUAUAUAUAUAUAUGUGUGUGUGUGUGUGUGUGUGCGUGUUCGGUGCACAUGUUGCAGCUGCCGACAGCCCUACUCAGAGGCAACACGUAUCCUGUAGAUCUAUCUUCUGCUGUAGUCACAGCUGUCAGGUUCGUGUAUGGGUCAUUACGGCUUUGUCUAUCGGAUACAUGUGCAGUGUGUGGCCGUUUAUCGGUGUGGCUUGGUUUGGUUUGG